AUGCUUGAAGUGGAUAUUGUUGUCAUUGGCUCCGGCCUGAGUGGUUUGGCCUUUGCUAGAUUCUACCUUGAUACUCACCCAGAAGCUAACCUAGUUAUUAUUGAAGAGGAUAGAUGCCUUGGUGGUGUUUGGAGUCAAAGACGAUCAUACGAUAAUUUUUGGUGUCAAAGUGGCCGCCGAAUGUCUGGAUUCUCCGAUGUUCCUCUUACUGUUCCCGAAGAUGCGCCUUUAUACCAUGAUACAUUCGAAGCAAAGUAUGUCACCAAUUAUCUCGAGGAGUAUGCGCAGAAUCAUAUAUACGGAGGGCAAACUCUCCUUUCUAGGAUAUAUUUCUACUGCAAAGCUGUCAAAACCAAUAAAGUGCGCGAUAAAUGGGAAGUCAUAACAGAAGCUACAGAAGUUCCAAGCUAUCUCAAAGAAAACAUUUCAACGUCUUUUACAUGUCGCAAGCUUGUUGUCGCUACUGGCCGUACUUCGUAUCCUAGAAUGCCUUCAAUUGAUUGGGAAUCGAGUAUGAGAUUUGUACGUCAUCACAAAGCUUUUGGGGAAUUAUCACAGCAGCCAUUACCUUGGGCCAGCGGUAUACUAUUCUUUGCAGUUCUUGGCGGUGGCAAGUCUGCAGCAGAUAUGGUCUAUGAGUUAGUCAAGAAAGGUCAGAACGUCAAAUGGAUUAUUAGAGCAAGUGGCGAGGGCCCAGCUCUACUGUUUCCCGCUCCUGGCCAUGGGCGCUACAAGAAUUCAGUCGAAAGUUCGGCAACUAGGCUCAAAGCACUCUUUAGUCCAUCUCCGUUUAUGCCAACCACUUGGUGGUUUUCCAUGAUUCGUACCUUGCUUUAUGGAACCCGCAUUGGAAUAAACUAUAUGAUUCAGAGAAUCAAGAAUGUUGAUCAAUAUUGUCGUAACAUGGCAGGAUAUGGCAGCAGACCAGGAUCGUUGCAGGGAUUUGAGCUCCUUGACUUUAGUUCUUCUGCAUUUUGGUGUACUGGGCCUGUAGGACUUGUGCAGCACGAUGACUUUUGGGAAACGAUCUCUCAGAAUGUUCAAGUUUACCGAAACGAUGUUGUUUCUUACAAAGACAGCAUCAUAACUUUAGACAAUGGCAAGCAACUUAUAGCAGAUGAGGUAUUAUUGGGAACGGGCUGGGAUCCCCAGCAACAGUGUUUUAGCGAUAUACAGGCUCGAUAUCUCGGUCUUCCUCACUUUCAGCCAAUGGAUAGUAUUGAAGAGAGAUCGUUAUGGAAGCAGCUAUAUGAGGAGGCAGAUCGUCGAGUGAUCGCCAAAUUUCCACUCCUUGAAACCCCUCCCCCACACCAAAAUCGGGCUUCCCCUGAUACAACAGUACAAAGACUAUACAAAGGUAUUGCACCACUUGCAGAUGAUUCAAUUGCAUUUCUAGGGGCUAUAGAUAUUUCUAAUUCUUUUCGGGCUGCCGAAACACAGGCCAUCUGGACAACAGCAUAUUUCGACGGGAACAUAAAGCUACCUCCAUUGGAACAAAUGGUAGAAGAAGUUGCGUACAUGGGGGCCUUCUCGAAACGAAGAUAUCCUACCCAUGGUCAAAAGGGAGAAUGCUUUUUCUUUGAGCUUGUUUGGUAUACGGAUGCUUUGCUUCAUGAGGUUGGCUUGAGAUCGCAUAGGAAAGGAUGGUGGGCUGACUUGGUGGAACCUUGUCUUGCAUCGGACUUAAAGGGUAUGAAGGAUGAAUACAAGCAGAAGUUUGGACCUUAA